AUGAGGCUAAAAACGGCCAAUCUCGGUCAAAACUUGAUUGAAUUCGCAGCAGUCAAUUCUACCACAGCAAAUACCACCAGCACAAUCGAUAUAUCAUCUCUUAACGACCGCAGCAUCUCGCCAGAUUCUGUGACUAAGAGGGAUGCAGCAUCCGAGUUCGCCACAGAAUUAGUUAGGAAUGACAUUAAAGGAGUCAAAGAAAUAGUAGAGAAGAUUGAGGCUGGCGAUAAUGAAGGCCUAAACGAAGACGAGACUGUGUUGGUAUCGAAUGUUACAGAUACAAUCGGAGUUGCGGAUUUUUAUAUUCUGCAUGUAAUGAAGAUUUGCCAUGGAUGUAUCACGACAGAAGAUAAAUGGGUUGUUAGUAGCUGCUCGAAUUAUUCGCAAGCGUUGAACCGUUUGACACAACUCACCGCAUCAACUCCAUCUACAUUUCGUAUUGUCAACACUACACUUACCGUUCCCCUUCUUGGUCUUGCUACAACCGCAAUGCCAUUUACUGCCGGAAUUCUAAAUAUUGGCACUGUAGCCAUCCUCGCACUUUAUGGCCUCGCAUUGAUAGGAUCAGGUGCAACAAUAUUCCUAUCAGCAAUCUAUAUGUUUAAGCCCUCUGCUCGCAUCGUCUACUUCGCCCUCUUCUUCUACUUCCUCGCAUCUAAUUUCACUAUGACUAUUACUCUCAACCUUACAGCCGUCACCAGCAUGGUCAGCCAAAUGAUUUCUUUAGUAGGCCCCGCACUCGGCAUUGAAGCCUCUGUCGGAAGUGCAUUUCUGGGAAGUUCAUGGAUAGCUGCGAUAUUUGCAUUGAUUUCCAAUCAAUAUUGGAUGGUAGUCUGGCUAGUAGAAAUCAGAGGAUAUGGAUUCAGAAGAAGAAUCAGAACGGACGAGGAGAUUGGGGAUUGGAAGGGAAUUAUGGGAGAAUUGAAGCGUGAUUGGAAAAAUCCUGUACCGGAGGGACUUCAUACUACGGGGUCGAAUGAAGACCUUAUAGGAGUGGAGAGGGUAGAUGAGAUUACCGGGUAG